AAAAUCAAGGGUCAAUUGAGGUGCGAAAGUGGCGAUAUUUAACAUGUUUCUCAGAUGUGGGAAAUGUAUGGGCCAUGUUGUGGGAAUUAGCUAGUGCUGAGAUGUUCGCGUAGCGGGUGCGUAAUGUUGGGCACGGUUUUGUGUUCCUGGAAUUACGCAUGGGAUAAGUGUAAAUCUGGGAACACAACAAACAGAGUAGUACUCAUAUUUACACUUACCCUCAGUGUAACCCUCAGCACACCCCAUUUGACCACAACAUGCCCAUACAAAAUUCACUUUUCAAAAACUCUGAAAAGCAAAAAGGAAAUUCGCCACUUUGAGGGAAAAUCAGGAGAGAAAUUAUAAAAACCAUCCCUUUUCCCACUUUUACAAAAAACACAAUCAUCUUGUUAUCCAUCAUCCAACAAUGGCUAGAACAAAACAAACAGCAAGAAAAUCCACUGGUGGUAAAGCUCCAAGAAAACAAUUAGCUUCUAAAGCUGCUAGAAAAUCAGCCCCAUCUACCGGUGGUGUUAAAAAACCUCACAGAUAUAAACCAGGUACCGUUGCCUUAAGAGAAAUUAGAAGAUUCCAAAAAUCUACUGAAUUAUUGAUUAGAAAAUUACCUUUCCAAAGAUUAGUUCGUGAAAUUGCUCAAGAUUUCAAAACUGAUUUAAGAUUCCAAUCUUCAGCUAUCGGUGCUUUACAAGAAUCUGUUGAAGCUUAUUUAGUUUCAUUAUUUGAAGAUACCAAUUUAGCUGCUAUCCACGCUAAACGUGUUACUAUCCAAAAGAAAGAUAUCCAAUUAGCUAGAAGAUUAAGAGGUGAAAGAUCAUAAGUUUUAUGUUGAGUUUAGGGUUUUUUAAGUAUUAGUUUUUUAAAUGGUUAGUGUUUGGGAAGUACGAAUUUUGGUACGGUUUGUAUAUUAUUAUUAAGGUUAAUGGAAUACGAA